UGGGCGGUGCCUCAGCGAGCGGGAAGGAGGCGUUAGUCGAGAUUUUGCCUGCUUUACCGGGAGACUUCAAGAGUGGUCGUCCCUGAACUUCCAACCUCAGAGAUCACGGCCUCCACGCUUGGCGGUGCUCCCGUCCCCGAGGACCAUGGGCCGGAUCUCCGGGCUCGUGCCCUCUCGCUUCCUGACGCUCCUGGCGCAUCUAGUGGUCGUCAUCACCUUAUUCUGGUCCCGCGACAGCAACAUCCUGGCCUGCCUCCCACUCAGGUUCACCGCCGAGGAGUAUGAGAAGCAGGACACUCAGCUGGUGGUAGCGCUCUCUGUCACCCUGGGCCUCUUUGCAGUGGAGCUGGCCGGUUUCCUCUCAGGAGUCUCCAUGUUUAACAGCACCCAGAGCCUCAUCUCCAUUGGGGCUCACUGUAGUGCAUCUGUGGCCCUUUCUUUCUUCAUAUUCGAGCGUUGGGAGUGCACAACGUACUGGUACAUUUUUGCCAUCUGCAGCGCCCUCCCGGCUGUUACUGAAAUGGCAUUAUUCGUCGCCGUAUUUGGGCUGAAAAAGAAACCUUUCUGAUCAUCUUAAUGACGGGAACUUAAGGAUGAAGUCCAGAGGAGCAAGGGCCGCUUACCAUUCCUGGAAGGAGGAAGGCAUAGGCUUCCGUCCUUGCCCCUGAAACUGCUUCUGGUGGAAGAUGUCAGUGUUGGUAAAAUCAUCUCCCAAGUAUGGGAAUAUCAUUGUUUAUUUAGUAAUUUGCAAUAAAAUAUAUUUUAUAGUAAGA